AUGACGUUACUAUAUCGUGCACUUUGGUAUGAUAGAAUUAAUGAUAGUUGGGUAGGCAUUGCACCAAAAGAUCAUACAAUUUCAGCUUAUCAUAUAACCGACGUGUCUCCGGAUGUCUUUAAAUUAGGUCGGCUGAUGACAUCAGAUUACGUGAUGGCACCCUGCUUUAACGGUUCCCUAUAA